CCUGCUCACAGCGCGAGGCAGGAGCCGAAGCAGCAGCAGCAUCUGGAAGGAAGCGGAAAUAAACGUCGCUGGCUAGUUCGGGUUUAAGCAAAAACGGACGGAUUUUGUACAUUUACCUCCACUAACAAAACUAUAAAGUGUGGAUUCUAAACAAUAAGGACAUUUGAUCAAGCAAGAAGUUUACAUUUCACAGCUAAACUGGCGGAUACCUUCUGUGAGCUUUAUGUGAGGAUCCAGCCCUAAAGGAACGGGUCAUAGACGGGAGGAGCGACUCGGAGCAAGCAACCGAUCACGGAAUUCUUGAACUGUGUUUUUAUUUUGACACUGCUGGUCUCCACACAUCAACGACAGGGAAUAAAACAGCAUUCACCCUAACAAGUACCCUAAACCCACGGUUAUCCAACAACCAGUACCAUGGAGGCCAUUGCCAAAUACGAUUUCAAAGCCACUGCUGACGACGAGUUAAGUUUUAAACGUGGGGAAGUUCUAAAGGUAUUAAAUGAAGAGUGUGACCAGAACUGGUACAAAGCAGAAUUGAACGGGAAAGACGGCUUCAUCCCCAAGAACUACAUAGAGAUGAAAGCACAUCCGUGGUUCUUUGGCAAGAUCCCCCGUGCCAAGGCAGAGGAGAUGUUGAACAAACAGAGGCACGACGGGGCCUUCCUCAUCCGAGAGAGUGAGAGUGCGCCAGGGGACUUCUCCCUCUCUGUCAAGUUUGGAAAUGACGUUCAGCACUUCAAAGUCCUGCGUGAUGGGGCAGGAAAGUACUUCCUGUGGGUGGUAAAGUUCAACUCGCUCAACGAGCUGGUGGACUACCACCGCUCCACCUCUGUAUCCCGCAACCAGCAGAUCUUCCUGCGUGACAUUGAGCAGGUCUCCCAGAAUCCCACAUAUGUACAGGCGCUCUUUGACUUUGACCCCCAGGAGGAUGGCGAGCUGGGCUUCCGACGCGGAGACUUCAUCCAGGUCCUGGACAACUCUGACCCUAACUGGUGGAAGGGAGGAUGCCACGGGCUGACGGGCAUGUUCCCCCGCAACUACGUCACACCAGUCAACCGGAACAUGUAAACAAACACACAAACAUCAACAACCACCCCAUACCCCCCCGUCAACCCAUCAAGAAGAUAUCAGGAACAGAGAGGGAGAAGGCAACAAGGAAUGAAAAAUAGAGGAUUAGUUCUGUGGACUGCAUCACCUUGUCGGUGGCAGCUGAGCAAAGCCAACUUUUAACACUGAGAAUGUUCGCCUCUAUAGUGAACGCUUCAGUCAGAACUGAACUGUCAUUGAGGAAAAAACACAGAGAAACUAAGCAUAGUGCACCAAAAGUGAAGAUAAUGAGAAUGAUUCUAUACCUAGACUCCCACAGCUGCUUCUGUCCUCUACUUCUUCACAUUCUGCGUUUCUUUUCCUUUUUUGCUGCAUGUUUUAAUCACCUAAAUGAAAUACCAAUAAAUCCUAACGCUGUUUUAAAUAAAAACACAUGUACAAAUAUUU